AUGAACGACGUUCUCCACAAGUUCUAUGGCGGCCUUAGGUUGCCGUGCCGCAGGAGAAGAGUAUGCGCAUUUCUUUUUAUACAUAUAUUUCUAACGCAAAACGUGCCGUUAAGAACGUUCAUUGUUCAAUCAGAAACGAUUCUAACAGUCGUAGACUAUCUUCUGGAGCGUUUGGAGCGCGGCCAGAUUUACACGUGGGUUGGUUCCCUCCUCCUGGCGAUCAAUCCUAGCGGCGAGAUCGCCACCGGGAAUAUUUACGAUCUUCCGCGAGCUCGCGAGUACGACAGUAUAUGCGAUGAAACCUACAAGGAAGCGUCGCCUCACAUAUUCGCCGUGGCUGCUCGGGCGCACUACAGGAUUGUUCAGGGUCUCGGGAAACCCCGCCAGGUAAAUUUCAACGAUCCGGAAGAUUCUCUCCGCAAUCUUUUUUUGACCGCCGAAUCGUCUCUCCCUGUCUUCCUUCUUCAUCGGGUACGAGCCCAAGUACCAAGACUCAACCAGGUUGAUUUUCUUCAUUUCUCCCUGCAUUCGUUAAAUAUAUAAAUAAAAGACAUUUGUGAACGAUGUUCCCC